GCGAGUGACGACGGGGAACGUCAGCAGUGCCGGGAAACGACAACGGUUGCGCGAUCGGGAGACGUCGUCAAAGCCGUGCGUCGAUUCGCACCCCGAAUGUGUCGCCGGACGAUUGGAAACAUAACGACGCCUGGAGCAGAGGAUUUUUCGAUAGUCGCCAAGAAUUACGAUCGCGACAUCGUGCUGCAUGCUCGCAAUGGACGGACACCAACCGUCGGAGUCAUCUGGCGCACGGCCGGACUGUCAAGAAGGUGAAGGACGUGGUCUGGUGUGCCGGGUGUGCCGACCGUGGUCCGCGCGGAGGCGCCGACCGGGCAGCCGGUGUUUCCGGGUGGGGGCGCGACGUGCGGACGACGACCAAGACGCUUCCUCGCCGAGGUCUUCGCCGCAGCCGUCGUGGUCGUCCGGCGACGGCGACUGGGAAGACCUGGCCGAACAGCGACGGUCGUCAUCGUACCCUCGCGAGGUCCUGACGUCGCUCGAGUCCCUGUGGCGAGAGCGGACGCUAUGCGACGUCGAGAUCGACGCGUCCGGCGAAGGCGUCGUCCAGGCACACAGAGUGGUGCUUGCGGCCGGCAUUCCGUACUUCAGGGCCAUGUUCACGAGCAACCUGCGCGAGUCGCAGGCGCACAGGGUCUCCAUCAGGGGCGUCGGCCUGCGAGCCAUGGAACUCAUCGUGCGCUUCGCCUACACCGGUCGCAUCGAAGUGGACGAGAAGAACGUCUGCCAGCUACUGCUCGCCGCCAACAUGCUACAGGUGCAACGCAUAACAAACGCCUGCUGCAGAUUCCUCGAGCGCCAGCUGGACCCUUCCAACUGCAUCGGCAUCGCAGAGUUCUGCCAGCAGCACCACAUACGCGAACUGCAAGACCGCGCCGAGCGCUUCGCCGAGCAACACUUCUCAAUGGUGUGUAGACUGGACGAGUUCCUCUCCCUGCCGCGGCCCCGGCUGUUCGAGCUGCUGCGCAGGGACGGUCUCAACGUGAGCAGCGAGGUCGAAGUGUACGAGGCCCUGGUGCGCUGGGUGCGCCACGACGAGCGCCGGCGCGCCGGAGACCUCGAGCGCGCCCUGAAGAAGGCGGUGCGCUGCCACCGGCUCGCUCCGAGCUUCCUGCGACGUCAGCUGGCCCACUGCGCCCUCCUGAGGGACACGCCCGGCUGCGCCGACUACCUCGCGGACGUGGUGCGGGACCUGACCUCGCACCGAGGCUGCAGCUGCUGCGGCGAGCGAUGUCCCAGCGUGCCGUCCCUGCUGUACGUGGCCGGCGGCUACCUGCGCCGCUCGCUGAACACGGUGGACUGCUUCAGCGCCGAGUCCGACUCGUGGAGCGCGCUGCCGCCGCUGCCCUUGGAGCGGAGCGGUCCCGGAGGCGCCUUCCUCGGAGGACUGCUGUACGUGGUCGGCGGUCGAGUGCUCCGGCCGCCCACCGAACUGGGCGAGGACGUGCCCGUGGUGCACUGCCUCGACCCGGCGCGCAACUGCUGGAGCGAGCGCUGCCCCAUGGGCGUGCCGCGGCACAGGCUGGGCGUCGCCGUGCUCGACGGUCUACUGUACGCCGUCGCUGGAUCACACGGCACCAACUGCCUCAGCAGCGUCGAGAGGUACGACCCGUCGACGGACGAGUGGACAAGCGUGGCCAGCCUGUCCCUGGCGCGGUACGGCCUGGGCGCUGCCGUCGUUCGGCGGCGGCUCUACGCCGUGGGCGGCUGCGACAGCACCACGAAGUUCGGCACGGUCGAGCGAUACUGCCCCGAGCUUGACCGCUGGGACGUCGUGGCACCCCUGAAGGUGCCCCGCAGCGGAGCAGGAACCGUUGCUUUUGGCAAGCACAUCUACGUCAUUGGCGGCUACGAUGGUCGAGGCCAAGUCACCUCCGUCGAGCGCUACGACACGGACCUCGACUUCUGGGAGAUGGUGGCCCCCCUCAACACACGAAGAAGUGCCCUCAGUGCCGCUGUCCUGGACGGAAAGAUCUUUGCUUUAGGUGGCUACGAUGGCCAGGAGUACCUGUCUACCGUGGAAGUGUACGACCCCACUACAAAUGUGUGGACUACGGGGCAUCCUAUGCCUUCGUGCAAGAGUGGCCAAGCCUCCUGCUCUUCCCCGGCGCCUUGUGUGCUCCACAAGGUCUCAUGACUCUUAAGACCCUUCGCCACAUCCAUACUGUUGUCUGCUCGACACUCUCGGUACAUGGCAGAACGCUAUACAGUUCAGCGAGUGAAUAGGACUGCUUUGUGCAUACGACAGAGUUCGAGAUGCUAUUAUUUCUGUGUACACAGCUACUACCUUGUGAUUAUAAACAGCAACAAUGUUGAAAUGACUAAAGCUUUAAGUUCACAGGCUGAUACAAUAAACGAGUGUAUAAACAAAUAUUCAAGUGUUUAAAGUGACACUUAAAUGAAACAUUCAAUCAGAUUGGAUUGAUAUACUCUACUCCGAGAACUCUAAUGUAAAUAUUUGACCACGAGAUGUCACGUACAUAAUUAAAUUAAAAGAAAUUAAAGCUUCAUUUUUAAACUUUAUGCUGAAAUCACUGCGCAUUAUACCACAGAUUUCAAAAGUGUGCUUUUCGUAUUUUAGUGACACUGACUUAACGAAAUUUCGUGAAAUUGGAAAUGUUAAAUCUUGGGCCCCAAGACAAUAUGCUUUCAUUUUACUGAUUCGGACCUACGAAGGACCUAGUAGGAGCCAUCAAAAUCUGUGACAACCAGACGUUUAGUACGGUGAAUUCCAGGCGGUAUUGUCACCCGCACCUUCUUUUAGCACAUUUUCUCAUUUACCAGGUAUCUUCUCACAUAAGUAGUAAUUUUAAAAUUUUGACAGUAAUUUACUGAUAUACAGAAAUUUGUUAUUCUCUUUAGUGUCUCUUUCAAUAAUGACAAAUCAUUUGCCUUUCUCGCUAUGAGAAGUCCCACAAUGCCUCCACUCAUCGUAAAUUUAAUUAAAGUGAGAUGGAGCAUACUGUCUUCUAUGUAACCGAAUGUGUCUGUCGUGGCUGUGCAGAAGUUCCGACUCCAUAUUGUUGUUGUUUCAAAAUAAAUGGCAUUUUAUGCUUGGCUCUACUA